AUAUGAUUGUUUUCUAGGGUGGGGCUGGUUGAAUGUGCAGCUCCAGGUUGAGAUUAUGGCAGGAGGCAGAGCGUCCAUUUACAUCAAAGUGAACAAGUCCUUGGAAAUAGUUGAUGAUGUAUACCCGAGCACAAGAGUUGGAGAAGUGAUCCAGAGACUCUCGAACACCACUCGUCGCUUCAAGCCUCAGGUACUCCUGGAGGUGUGGAAUGGUUGCUCUAGACUCAUGAAUCAAACUGAGCUUAUACUAGACUCCCUUAAUAAGUGGGGAGACCAGGCUAGGACCAUCACUCUUGUAAUGAUGGACAGGGAUACGUACAUUAAUGGGUCUACACUAGGUCUAAGAGGAAAGAAGAGGUGCAGAGGUCAAAGGAGACGUUAUCUAAGAUGGCUGAAGAGUCCUUGCAGGAAGAGACUAGCAGUUAGAAUGACACGUAAGCAUAGAGUCCUCCUCAAGUUGGAAUCGAUGUCAAAAUUAAAGAGAGAGCUGCUCGAGUGCAAAGAAGAGAAAAGAUAUCUUGCUGACUUGAUAAGGUCUAGCAGUGCAAACCAGUUGAGAAAUGAAGAGUCACUCUUAUCAAGACUGAGCCCAAGUUUGAAGUCACGCUAUGCUGGACUGUCAAAUGAAGUUGCACGAGUUUCCCAGUCAAAUGAAGAACUUGAAAAGCACAAGAGAGAACUGAAUCAAACUCUUGCAAACAGAAAGCAAGAGAUACAGUCACUUCAAAGAGCAAUAGAAGUAAAACAGAAACAGACUAAAACAGUAAAGCAAGAGACGAUGAGAUUAGCGAGCAUGAGAGAGCUAAAGGUGCAACAUGAUGCCUUGCAAACCAAUCUCAAAGCUAAGCAGAAAAUCAACCAACUGCAGGAGAACAAGCUUCAAGAACUGACAAGCAAAAAGACGGAGAUAGAAAAACAGAUACAAGACUGUGUAGAAGAAAUACAAAACAUAAAAAUUGAAGUAUAAGUUUAAUACAAUGACAAUCAAUUAUGUAAUAGUUAUUAAAAUAAAAAUCCAAAAGCAAAAAA